AUGGAAGCCAAACUAGCUGCUCUAGAGGAUGAUGGUUACUUCGAUCUUGGGACUUAUCAUCGCCCCAUUACAACGGAAAGCCCCGACGCCCAGCGAUGGUUUAACCGAGGUCUCAUUUGGGCCUAUGGCUUCAAUACACAGGAGGCGUCAAGCUGUUUCGAGAAAGUUACUAUUGCUGAUCCCAGCUGUGCCAUGGGGUAUUGGGGGCUAGCAUAUACCCGCGGCCCCUACUACAACAAAGCGUGGCGGUUGUUUGAUCCCGAGGAUCUCAAGACGUCCCUGGACGCCACUCAUACCGCGUCGCGAAAGGCAUUGGAACUCGUAGGAAAUGCCAGUCCAGUCGAACAGGCUCUCAUCCAUGCGCUCGUUGCCCGAUUCCCGCAACGUACUCCGACAGAUGACUACUCGGUAUGGAAUCGCGCAUAUGCUGAUGCUAUGGGAGUUGCAUACAAGCAAUUCGGCGAUGAUUUGGAUGUCGCCGCCCUCUACAUCGACGCACUGAUGAACCUCACUCCGUGGGCCAUGUGGGAUCCGAACAGCGGCAAGCCAGGCCCCAAUUCUCGUGCUAUCGAGGCUGAAGCAGCCAUUACGCGGGCAUUGAAGCAACCAGGCGCCAACGAGCAUCCAGGCUUGCUUCAUUUACAUAUUCACCUCAUGGAGAUGUCACGCACCCCCGAAGCUGCCGUGCCCUCGGGAAAUCGGCUUCGUGGCCUCGUACCUGACUGCGCCCAUUUAAACCACAUGCCGUCGCAUCUCGACAUUCUUAUUGGGGACUAUCAAGCCUCGAUUACCGCUAACACAGUCGCUGUCAAAGAUGAUCGAAAAUAUGUGGAAUGGGCUGGUGGCAUGAGCAUGUAUGCCCUCUAUCGAGGUCAUAACUAUCACUCUUUAAUAUAUGCUGCCAUGUUAUCUGGGCAGUCGAAAAUCGCCAUCGAGAACUGCAAACACAUGGAAGAUGCACUCCCUGCAGAGCUACUCUCCAUCAAGUCUCCGCCCAUGGCAGACUGGUUAGAAGCCUUUGUCGCUGUCCGACCUCAUGUCCUGAUCAGAUUUGGCCGUUGGGACGACAUCAUCAACCUUGAGCUUCCCACAGAUCAGUCUCUCUACUGUGUCACAACUGCUACAAUCCAAUACGCAAAAGGUGUUGCUUUCGCCGCUACAGGAAAAGUGGACGAGGCGUUGAAGCAGCAAAUACUAUUCAAAGAAGCUGUAGCCCGCGUGCCUCCUUCACGAAUGGAUUUCCCAAACAAAUGCAUCGACAUCCUCGCCGUCGGUGAAGCAAUGCUGGCCGGUGAGAUUGAAUACCGCCGCGGCAAUUACGAGUUGGCAUUUGAGCAUUUGCGUCGCUCCAUCUAUUUAGACGACCAUCUCAACUAUAGCGAGCCAUGGGCUUGGAUGCAGCCAUCCCGACACGCCUUCGCGGCUCUACUGCUGGAGCAAGGCCGCGUAGAAGAAGCUGCCAAGGCGUACGCAGAAGACCUCGGCUUCGACGAGUCUCUGCCGCGUGGCCACCAGCACCCAAAUAACAUCUGGGCGUUGCAUGGCUACCAUGAGUGUUUGACGUUGCUGGGACGAACAGCUGAGGCGAAGAUGCUCGAGUUGCCGCUGAAACUGGCGACGUGUUUAGCCGAUAUCACUGUCCAGUCCUCCUGUUUCUGCCGGACAGUCAACCAAAGCGAAUCUCAAAAUGGCGUGACGGCGUGUAAUAAUAGCAGCGGCUGUUCGUCAUGA